AUGCUUCUAUAUCUCUAUUUGAAUAAGUUGUUCAAAGCAUAUGUUUAUACUCCAUUGAUAUCUCUACUACCCCAAUUUGUUAUUCCAGAAAGACUUUCUGCUGUUAGAUAUGCCAACUCACGUACUCUGGAAAGGACUUUUGCUAAUCCAGAUCUAAGUUGGCAUUAUAAAGCAAUUAGGGGCUACUGGACUAGUAUUGGCUUGUGUAUCUUGCUAACACUUCUAAAUAGCGCCAACGGAACAUUUACAAUCUCUCGGCAAUAUUUACCAAGUCCGCGAGCAAUGGCGGAAACUCUAAAAGCCGUUGGAGUAGUAUUUCAGGACCCGUCAUUAACGUUUAAACCAUUUAUUAGAACUACGCAGUAUCAGUACGGAUGUAUUUCUAUGAUUUGCUUAGCACCAGCCACUUUACAAGACUAUGCCCCUCGUUAUGUGGUAAGUUGUGCCUGUAAAUUCAUCUGGUUUCAUUUGCCGCAUUAUUGCGAUAUCGAAGAGGCCACAACUAGUCUGGCCGAGUUAAAGAAGAUUUCUGUUAUUAGGAGUAUUUAUCCAUGUCAUAUUGAAGUUAACUACAACGAGGCAAAUCAUAAUUUUGAACUUAUCAAUCUGCGAAUUCUAAAUAGAGUUAUCAAUAUGUUUGAUUGCAAGUUGAUGACUCUAAAGUUGAUCCCUAUUUCACACGCACUCGAAACCAAGUCCUCUCCUCUAAAGCUAGAUACGUGCAGGGAAGAAGCCCAGCAGACAGUCAACCAAGCAAGAUAUAUAUUCGCGGGUCAGAUUCAAUUUGAAACUAAAACAGGUAGUAGUCUUAUUGAUUUAUUAGAUAGUGAUAUUGUCUUGUUACGGCUAAUUGAAAAAGUCUGGCUACGGGGCAAUGAGUUCAAAUACCUCCAUCUUCUUGGCCAGCUAAUGCUAAUAGAUGGAUACGGCCUCUGUUUUUCUGGUCUACCUCGGGCGGCUAAUAUUGAUUUCGAACAGCUCCGCUCAACCUUGCCAGCCAGAUGUGGCCUCAUUACUAUUGAAGAGCUCAAUGGAGCAAAACUACUAGGUCUUAGGAAGGCGGUUAAUGACCAUCCAAAUAUAUCUCUCGAACUGGAUUGGAACACUCUUAAGUUCAUGAGUCAGCACAACCAACCUGAAGGUCACAUCUAUACUAUUUUAGGCCUUACUAUCACUCGGAGCAUGAACAAAAUACUAGAGAAAGCCCGGUCGACAAUAGCAUACAAUUCGCCCUGGUUGUUUGUGACUACUAUCUGUCUUAAAAUCCCGUCCAAUUUCCCAUGUCAGAGUUUAGGUCAUUACGAAGAAGUCUACAACAAACAAGCCUUCGCCAACUAUGGUGUCUCGGUCAAUGACAUUCAGAUAGAUUAUGAGGAAAGAGAUAAUGACAUAUAG